AAUAAAUUUUUUUUAUUUAAAAAUGAAACAUAUAUAUUCAUACAAUACGUAAAUUCGUAUACAAUUUUAAAUUAUACACGAAAUUGAACGCAUAUAACUUUGAUACAUCUAAGCCGUAUAGUCGAUGCAGAACAAAUGAUUUACAACUUUUCCUAUUCUGUACCAGUAGCUCAACAGGCAAAAUCGAUUAUUGGGGAUAUAUCGAUAAUAACGGUGGUUAUAUUAUAUUAUAUAUUAAUAAAUGUCAAAUGAAUAUUUUAAAGUGAAAUAAAAUAUUCAAAUACAUUACAUUUUAUAUAUUAAUAUUUUAUGAUAUAAUAUAUUAUAUUAAAAUAUUAUAAUAUACUAAUAUUUUAUUAAUUUUACAAGUAAUAUUUUUAAAUCAUUAAAAUUUAUUAUUACGAAGUUCCAUGAAAAUAAAUAAUUUUUAUCAUUAAUACGAAAAAUGAUAUUUAAAAUAUGAUAAUGAUCAAUAGUAACUUAGAUUAUUUUAUUUUUAAAUUUUGUACAUUUAAGAAUUUAUUACAAUAAUAUAAUAAUCAAUAUAUUUUUGUAAACUAAAAUAUUAUUAAUAUGCUAUUAGUGAAUAACAAAAUAUAAAUAUUUUUUUAUAUUAUUCAAUAUAUAAUGUUAUAAGCUUAAUAUAUAAUAAAAAAAAUAUAUUUUUUUGAGAUUAUAUUUUUUUAUUUUAUUGCUAAGUUAUAAUAUACGAAAUAAUUUUGACAAAGAUAUAUCCUACAAAUUUAAAUAUUUAAAAUUAUUUAAAAUUAUUUUCUUUCAAUAGCUAAAAUUAUGUCAAGAAAUUAUAUAAGAUAUAAGUAAUAAAAAUAAAUGAAUAAAAAUAUAUAUAAUUAAAAUGUUUAAUUUUAUAUAAAUUAGAUAUUAUUUACAUAUUAUUUCAAAAAAUCUUGUCUACUUACAUAUAUAUAUAUUAUUUUCCUAGAUAUAUUUUAUUAAUUAAAUACAGAUAAACAUUAAAAUUAAUUUUAAAUAUUAAUGCACAUACUCGAGCACUUUUUUCACGUAUAAUUAAUUAUCUCAACUAUAAUUUGUAUUAUUACCAUCAUGUUUUUAUAAUGACAGUCCACUUUUGUUACUCUACGACUAUCGAUUGCGAACGGAAAUGCUAAUUUAAUAUUGGAAUUACUCUAUACCCUGAUCGUUGUUAGUUCAUCACAGUUCUGUCACCGACACCGAUUGCAGACGGACCGUGAAUAGCUUCGUAACGAUGUGGAACUACGUACUGAUUUCGACCCUUGUGUUAUUUGUAUCGUUACUAUAUCAUUGUUAUUUCAACAGUCCGGCUAGCAUUAUAGAGCACCCUAAUACGCAUUACGAUUACAUAAUCGUUGGUGCUGGAACAGCAGGAUGUGUAAUAGCAUCACGGCUUUCCGAAAUUUCAAAUCUGACGAUUUUAUUGGUCGAAGCGGGAGGACAUUUUGGAUGGGUAUCAUCCAUUCCAAUUUUGGCGCCAGUUCUGCAAAAGACCGAUAUCGAUUGGUCCUAUUCGACGGAACCCCAAGUAUACUCUUCAAAAGGAUUUUGGAAUCACAUUCAAAAAGUUCCAAGAGGUAAAGGAUUAGGCGGUACCGGGCAGAUAAAUUAUUUGGUUCACUCUUUCGGAAAGCCGGAAGAUUACAAAGCCUGGCCGAAGGGAUGGUCACAUGCCGAUCUACUUCCGUAUUUUAAAAAGGUGUCUGAUAUCAUGAACGUAAUGUCCAGCCCGGAGGAAGAAUAUCUGGCGGAAGCUUUUCUCAUGGCGGAAGAAUCGUUGAAGUUGAAUAAUGUGACUCUACAAAAGGGCCUGUACACUGUUAAAAGAGGUUCACGGUGGAGCACGUUUCACGCGCAUUUACAAAAUGCCUGGAAUAGGAAGAACUUGCAUAUUUUGACGAACACGUUGGUUUCGAAAAUACUUUUCAAAGAGAAUUCGAACGCAGAUGGGAUCAAGGUAAUUUACAAAGAUGGAUCAGUGGGAAAGAUUUUCACGAGGAAAGAAGUGAUUCUUUGUGCAGGUGUUAUCAAUACUCCCCAAUUGCUUUUGCUUUCUGGAAUCGGACCAGCCGAACAACUUGACAAAUUUCAGAUACCUGUGGUGAGUAAUCUUCUGGAAGUGGGUAAAAAUCUCUUCGACCAUAUUCUGCUUCCGGUUUACGUUAAUCUCAAAGCAAACGUGAGCAUAACAUUCUUUAAAUUACAAACGCUUCCCGAGGUGCUCAAUUAUUUUAUUUUUGGAAGAGGAUGGUAUGCAACAAACGCCAUAAUGGCGGUGGGUCGUACUAAUGAUAGCGGUAUCAUGCUUCUUGGAAUAGGUUCUACCGAUGAAAAUAUAUGGAAAAGUAUAUCUAAUCAAAAAACAGAGCCUUACAGAUUGCUGUAUCCGUCCUACAACGAUAGCUCUUACGAAGGAUUCAUAUUUCUAUCCUACUGCUUACAACCAAAAAGUCGUGGAAGCAUAUCGUUAAGAUCUGCCAAUAUUCGUCAUCAACCAAGAAUCGAUCCUGCUUACCUUCAACACUACGACGACGUAUUGUGCACCCAUCGAGCUGUAAAUUUCGCCGUCCAAACGCUCGAGACAUCGAAGUUUCACGAGUAUGGGGCAAAAAUCCAUCAUCCUGACUUGGAGGAAUGUCGACACUUGCGACAAGAUUAUAGAGACCUCGAGUAUACGGAAUGCGUAUUGAGAAUCAGUGGUCUCACGAGUUAUCAUUUAUGCGGCUCUUGCAGGAUGGGUGCUGACGAUCGUGCGGUCGUCGACGAGAAAUUACGAGUGAAAGGCGUUAACAAACUUAGAAUAAUAGAUUCUAGUAUAUUACCAACUCCCAUUUCCGGUAAUCCGAAUUCCGUUCUAAUCGCAAUGGCGGAACGAGCAAGUGAUUUGAUUCUUGGUCGCAUAUUCAAUUAAAAAGAAAUAUAUAUAUAUGCGUUGUAUAAUUAAAAUAAACGGAGAAAAAUAUAAAAAUAUUAAGUUAAUUACAAUUGAAUUUACGAUUGAAUUUAAAUAAUUAUUUAUAGUUGAUAUUUAAUGUAUAUUUCCAAUAUUUCAAUGUUCGAUCCAUCCAUGUACAUACUUCAAAAGAUAUAAUAAAAAUAAUCACAAAUA